AUGGGGAAGACCUUCAAAGAUGAAUAUUCAUAUGAUGAAAGACUCACGGAAUCACAGGAUAUAAUUGCCAAAUAUCCUGAUCGUGUGCCGGUGGUGGCUGAAAGAUAUUCAAAAACAGACCUCCCUGAGAUGGAAAAGAAGAAAUACCUGGUACCUCGUGAUAUGUCUGUUGGACAAUUUAUCCACAUUCUGAGUGGCAGGCUGCAUCUGGCUCCUGGAAAAGCUCUCUUCGUGUUUGUGAAUAACACCUUGCCUCAAACAACAAGCUUGAUUGAGACCGUGUAUGAAUCUUCCAAAGAUAAAGAUGGGUUCCUCUACAUGUGCUACAGCAGUGAGAAAACCUUUGGUGGUCACUCUUAG